AUGAGCGCUGCGCUGCUCUCGGGUCGUCCGGACGUCCUGGCGCUGAGAAGAGUCGGGCUUCUCUCACGAAAGUUAUAUGCCUCAAAACCUUCUGUAUCACCCAGAUUUGCUGCCGGACAGUCCUCAAUUCACACCCACCGCAAACCCACACCUCAAUGUCUUACGUCGCGUGCCUUUUUUAGUCCUCAAUUCACAAUAGUCCGACAUCAAUCAUCCACAACACCAGCGCCUAUAGACAAAGCAUUCCGGAGCUCCCGCAUUCGAAAUGCCAUCGUCAAGACCUUUGCCUACUGCGGCUUCUUCAUUGUCAUGAGCAGCGCGGCCGUGGUAGCCUUUUUCAUCUACGACGCAACAACGUACCGCGGAUCCUCAAGCGCUGUAGACAUCCCGGUCUCCGAACUAGCUCUUAACCCGCGUCGCGGAGGUCCGAAGAAUUUGCCUAUUGCAGAGGUUCUGGUGGGCGAUGAUGACUCUGAGGCGAUGCAAGCACAACGGGACAAGCCGAGGCUGGUGAUUCUAGGUUCAGGCUGGGGGAGCGUUGCGCUACUCAAGCAACUCAACCCUGGCGAUUAUCACGUUACGGUUGUUUCGCCUACGAAUUAUUUUCUUUUUACGCCAAUGCUGCCGUCUGCGACUGUUGGAACAUUAGGGCUGCGGUCGCUUGUUGAGCCGGUUCGGCGGAUAGUCCAAAGGAUCAACGGGCACUUUAUCAAGGGCGAGGCUGUGGACGUCGAGUUCUCCGAAAAGCUGGUUGAGGUUAUGCAGGUUGACUCCAAGGGAAAGAAACAGCAAUUCUACCUUCCGUACGAUAAGCUCGUGAUUGGCGUUGGCUGCGUCACGAAUCCUCAUGGCGUCAAGGGUCUUGAAAAUUGCCACUUCCUGAAGUCCAUCGAUGACGCGCGCAAGAUCAAGAACCAGGUCCUAGAUAACAUGGAACUCGCCUGCUUGCCGACUACCAGUGAUGAAGAGCGCAAGCGCCUACUGUCAUUUGUUGUCUGCGGCGGAGGCCCGACUGGCGUUGAAUUUGCUUCGGAGCUUUUCGACCUUCUCAACGAGGACCUGCUUUACUCCUUCCCCCGGAUACUGAGAAACGAGAUUUCUGUCCAUAUCAUUCAGAGUCGCAGCCAUAUUCUCAACACAUAUGAUGAAGCGCUUUCGAAAUUCGCAGAGUCUCGGUUUGCGCGCGAUGAUGUUGAUGUCCUAACAAAUGCCAGAGUUAAAGAAGUCCGCGAAGAUAGAGUGGUCUUUAGUCAGGUAGAGGACGGCAAGACUGUGAUCAAAGAGAUUCCUAUGGGCUUCUGCCUCUGGUCAACCGGAAUCGCCCGUGCCGACAUUUGCAAAAAGAUCUCCGACAAACUCGUAGCGCAAAAUAACAAGCAUGCCCUGGAAACAGACUCCCAUCUCCGCCUCAUCGGAGCACCCCUCGGCGAUGUCUACGCCAUGGGCGACUGCUCAACGGUGCAAAACAAUAUUGCUGAGCACAUAGUCUCCUUCCUCCGCACAAUUGCUUGGGAAAAGGGCAAGGAUCCCCAGAAGGUCCACCUCACCUUCCGCGAAUGGCACGACGUUGCCGCCCGCGUCAAGAAGCGCUUCCCACAGGCCUCCAACCACCUACGCCGCCUCGACAAGCUCUUUGAACAGUACGACAAGGACCACUCAGGCACCCUUGACUUUGAUGAACUCUCCGAGCUCCUCCACCAAAUCGACACAAAACUCACCUCGCUUCCAGCCACCGCCCAGCGCGCAAAUCAACAGGGCCAAUACCUCGGCCGCAAACUCACCAAGAUCGCCGCCGCCAUGCCCGGCAUGCAGGCCAACGACAUUGACCACGGUGAUCUCGAUGAGGCCGUCUACAAGGCAUUCAACUACAGGCACUUGGGCAGUUUAGCGUAUAUCAGCAACGCGGCGAUCUUUGACUUUGGGGGUUUGAGCUUUGGUGGUGGUGUGCUGGCCAUGUACCUCUGGCGCAGUGUGUACUUUGCUGAGAGUGUGAGCCUGCGCACGAGGUGUAUGCUUGCGAUGGAUUGGGCGAAGAGGGCGCUUUUUGGUCGUGAUCUUAUGAGCUUUUAA